AUGGGAGACGAAGACUGGGAAGCGGAAAUCAUCGCGCCCCAUCUGUCUUCCUAUGUUCCUGUAUUUGAGAAGGACAGGUGUUCUUCUGGAGCAAACGGAGACACUUUCCACAGGAGCCCGGUGUCGCCAUCAGACUUGGAUGUCGGACCUUCGCAGAGAGAGCAUCUCAUGAGACGGGGCUUUGCCUCCGGGAGGAGUUUGGGAAGCCGAGAUGCUGGCGAGUGGAGCAGAAGGGAGCCCCCCUCCGCAGCCGGCGCCUCUGGGGUCGGCAAGGGCUUCGGCAGCCGAGGUUUCUCAAACAACAGGCUUGAAGAAGGCGACAGCUGCGGUUUCUGGAGAGAGCCCGGCAGCGACGCUGAGGGCGGCCCGGCGCGGAGCAGGGGGCUCUCCAGGAGAGGAGGCAGUGAAUAUGAUCAUGACGAGGGGACACAGCGCACUGGUGGCCUUUUUGGAUCUAGGAGACCAGCGUUAAGUGGCACAGGCAAUGGUGACAUUUUUCAAAGCAGAAGCGGAGGUGGACGAGGUGGUUACAAAGGCUUAAAUGAGGAAGUAAUAACAAGCUCUGGAAAGAAUUCUUGGAAGCCAGGAGCCGAAGGAGCAGAAGGCGGUGACGCUCUAGGACCAAAAGUGACCUACAUCCCGCCGCCGCCCCCCGAGGACGAGGGCUCCAUCUUCGCGCACUACCAGACGGGCAUCAACUUCGACAAGUACGACAGCAUCCUGGUGGAGGUGUCUGGGCACAACGCGCCCCCGGCGAUUUUGACUUUCGAGGAAGCGAACCUCUGCCAGACGCUGAACAACAACAUCGCCAAGGCCGGCUACACGAAGCUCACACCGGUGCAGAAGUACAGCAUCCCCAUCAUCCUCGCGGGGCGCGACCUGAUGGCGUGCGCGCAGACCGGCUCGGGGAAGACGGCCGCGUUCCUGCUGCCGAUCCUGGCGCACCUGCUCCGCGAGGGUGUGACGGCCAGCCGCUUCCGGGAGCGGCAGGAGCCCCAGUGCCUGGUCGUGGCCCCCACCCGCGAGCUGGUCAACCAGAUCUUCCUGGAGGCCCGCAAGUUCUCCUUCGGGACUUGUGUAAGAGCUGUUGUCGUCUACGGGGGCACGCAGUUCGGCCACUCGGUCCGGCAGAUCGUGCAGGGCUGUAACGUGCUGUGCGCCACCCCCGGGCGGCUGAUGGACAUCAUCAGCAAAGAAAAGAUUGGCCUUAGACAAGUCAAAUACUUAGUUUUGGAUGAAGCCGACCGCAUGCUGGAUAUGGGUUUUGGGCCAGAAAUGAAGAAAUUAAUUUCCUGCCCAGGAAUGCCAUCGAAGGAGCAGCGCCAGACCCUCAUGUUCAGCGCGACUUUCCCAGAAGAAAUUCAGAGGUUGGCCGGGGAGUUUUUGAAGCCGAACUACUUGUUUGUUGCUGUCGGACAAGUGGGUGGAGCCUGCACGGACGUCCAGCAGAGUGUCCUGCAGGUCGGCCAGUACGCGAAGAGGGAGAAGCUUGUCGACGUUCUGCGAGACACAGGCAAUGAAAGAACCAUGGUCUUCGUCGAAACUAAGAAAAAAGCAGAUUUUAUUGCCACUUUUCUUUGUCAAGAAAAAAUAUCAACGACAAGUAUCCAUGGGGACCGGGAGCAGAGAGAGCGGGAGCAGGCCCUUGGAGACUUCCGCUGCGGGAAGUGCCCGGUUCUUGUUGCCACGUCAGUGGCUGCCAGGGGGCUGGACAUCGAAAACGUCCAGCAUGUCAUCAACUUUGACCUGCCUUCGACCAUCGACGAGUACGUGCACCGCAUCGGGCGCACCGGCCGCUGCGGCAACACUGGCAGGGCGCUCUCCUUCUUCGAUCCUGAAUCCGACCGGCUUUUGGCUCAGCCGCUGGUGAAAGUGCUGUCCGACGCCCAGCAGGACGUGCCAGCGUGGCUGGAGGAGAUCGCCUACAGCGCCUGUGCGCCCGGCUUCAGCGGGAGCCCGCGGGGAGGCGUGUUCGCGUCCGUGGACACCAGGAAGGGCAAGAGCACUUUGAACACAGCAGGGUUUUCCUCUUCACAAGUUCCUAACCCUGUAGACGAAGAGUCAUGGGAUUAA